AGUCAGAGAGAGUCCCCGAAUGUACCAACACCACUGAUAUAUCAUUUCUAAUAGCAUAUCUAUUGAUUAACAGCGGCAGAACGCGAACAGAGUGAAAGAAGUAAACUGGGCGUUGAAGUUGUAGCAGAGAGUGUCCCUCCCUCCAGGCUGAACUGUAGAAAGCGUCUGGUCCGCGCUUGCAGAGAGAGGGACGCGAGAUUAGGGCAGCAGUUUGGGGGUCUCUGGAAUUUAUUAGCUGACGCUUGAAGCUCGGUGUUUUUUUUUUCUUCUUCUGGAUUCGGAGCGGAUCUACAGGUCCGCCAGUUUUUCGGUCGGCAUUCAUCCACGCUGAACUACGACCGUCGUCGCGUCUCACCUCGUUUCAUCUCCGGAACUCGGGACAGCGAAGACGGGCGCGCGUUGUUUGGGUUUUGAGACGCACAGGUCAGCAGAUGGAGGAGGCAGCCCUGCCGACGGGCCUAAUAAGAACAGACGGAAAGAGAGAGCAGAGGCUCUGCAUUUUUGACCUGAAUCCUGAACUACAUCAAAGAACUCAUGGGGCUCGGGGAGGCUUCAGCGAGGGGGACGAGCAUGGAAGGAGACUGCCUCAGCUGCAUCAAGUACCUCAUGUUUGUCUUCAACUUCCUAAUCUUUCUGGGUGGCUCCUUCCUCCUUGGCGUUGGGGUGUGGGUGGUGGUGGACCCCACCGGUUUUAGGGAGAUAGUGGCGGCCAACCCCCUUCUCUUCACGGGCGUCUACAUCAUACUGGCCAUGGGGGGCAUGCUUUUCCUGCUGGGUUUCCUGGGAUGCUGCGGAGCCAUACGAGAAAACAAGUGCUUGCUGCUUUUUUUCUUCAUGCUGAUCCUCAUUAUAUUUCUGGCAGAGCUGGCGGCAGCCAUUCUCGCCUUCAUCUUCCGGGAACACCUGACCAGAGAAUACUUCACUAAGGAACUGAAGAGGCACUACCAAGGCUACAACAACACCGACGUCUUCACAUCAACAUGGAACGCUAUUAUGAAUACAUUUGACUGCUGUGGAGUCAACAGUCCAGAAGACUUUGAGGAAAGCAUCUUCAGGUUCAUAAACCCCGGUGAAGUGGUUCCAGAGGCCUGCUGCCGUAGGAACAGUCCUCUUGGAGAAGCAGGCUUCAGUAACAGGGAGGAAUGUCUGUCAGGCAGCAUGCUGUACCGGAAUAACAAGGGCUGCUAUUCAGCGGUCGUGGACUACUUUGAGAUGUACAUCUAUGUUGCUGGUGCCCUGGCUAUCGUUGUACUUACAAUUGAGCUUUUUGCAAUGGUGUUUGCCAUGUGUCUGUUCAGGGGAAUCCAAUAGAUCACGUUCACCGAAAGACUUUUUCAAAAAGGAAAACACCACAAAAGAAAACUCAACCACUUGUCAAAGAAUGUUUUCUCCAUUUUAUAUCUCUAAAAUUAUUAAGGGAAAAAAAAAAAAGAAUAAUUGACCUGUACUUCACAGCUGGACCUUUGAGGUACAAGGUAAUAAAAUAAAACAUUAACAAAAAAACAAAAAAAAGAACAUUCUUUGAAUACUGCGAAGAUUUAAUGGGCUUUUUGUCACAAAGCCCAUGCGUAAUUCCGACCAGGUGUUAAAUAGACCAGAUAAAGCCUGAGAAACAGAUGAAGAAGGUGCUGCACUGAUUUUGGAUGAAGAAUAUUUAUACUGAGUAAUGCUGGCUUGUUUGUAUAGGCAUUUGUGCUUUUAGUAAAAUAAGAAAAUGUUGAAAAAAAUUAGAACAAACCACUCUCUUGUCACCAAGACAUCACCACAGUCCUUGAAUGCAAGCUUUCACAAGCACAUUAUAUUAGUGUUGUAUAGUCAUGUGAAUUUCCAUUUUUAUCUAUUCCUGUGUGAAUGCUGGAGAUCUGUGUGUGUGUGUGUGUGUGUGUGUGUAGGGUGAAUGUACCUCCUCCCUGCUUGAAGACCAGCAUUUUUUUUUUCGUAUUGUGAUGUUUAUUGCAAUAGUAAUUCUAUGUGAUUUUAGCUGAAAUUGAUGUGUAUGCGUUUGUAUUGAAGAUAAGACUAACAUUAAAGGAAACUCUGAUGAA